UCUACAGUGCUAGUGCAUGCACCUUGGGAGAGAACAUUACAGAAUUAAAGAGGUGGCUUUGUUCCUUAUUCCAUUUCCUCUGAACUUCAGACUGAUGUGAUCUAUAGGAUUGGUAAAGAUCACACUAUAAGCUUCAUGCUCUGAUGGACAAGAGUUUGACAUUCAUCACUGUCUUCUUUAUGGCAGGGUCAUUCAUAGAGCUAGCUGUAAAAGCUCAGUUCACAGUACAGCCAUUGUCAGUUGAGAGAGCUGAGGGACUGGAGGCAGUGUUCAGUUGUCAGUAUCAAGCCGAGGGAUUUGAUGUGUCGUAUGAUUGGUUUAUAAAUAAUUCCUUUGUUGGAGCAGAUUCAGAAACGGUUAGAGCUCGUCCACCUUCAUCUCCUGGUGGACCAACCACACUGAUAAUACUGGCCACUUCACAGCAAAACAACUCUAUUGUACAGUGUGAGGCUGUAAUCAGAAAUGGCCCUGAUCAUACAUUUGUGAUUUCAUCCACAGCAUCUCUAGUUGUUCAUGAGACGGUCCUCACUCAUCUUAUUGUUGCACCGAAUACCAUCACCGUGACAUGGAAUGCUCUACCUCUCACUGAGUACUGUGUGGACAUCACGACAACUCUAGACUUCACUGAAACAGUGGUUCUCAAUUCUCUGUGUGGAUUCAUUAAUGAGUACAUCUUCAUGUACUCUGAUAACAGUGUGUGUGCCAGAUUCACUGUGACUCCUACUGAUGGAGAGAUGAGGGGAACAACCAGUGAAUUAUGUACCGGGUUAUUUACGAGGACAGAAGGUGUGUUUUUACCAUAAUAGUAUUCACAUUAGUUGUUAGUAUUACACUUCUAUAAUAUUAUGCAAGUAGUGGAGAACAACAUUGUAUUCUUGAAACUAAAAGGAAUAAAUUAGUCAAAUUUAGGGUAACUGUGAGUGAUUCAAUUUUAGUUGUUUGUUAUGUUGUUAAGAAUGCAUUUUUACUUUGUUGAGUUCUCUCUAAUAUUCCAGAUACCCAGUUGCACAAGGUUCACUCGGUAUCGUGUGGACUCUGACUUAUUGACUCCCUCCAUCGACCGUUCAAUCACAGACCCUCUUCUGUUUGAU